AUGUCGGUAGCUGGGUUAAAGUACGACCCUGUACUUAGCCUUGACACCCCAGCAGAAACCAAGUCAGGAAGCUACAUUUACAGCGGCUCCGCAGCGUCCUUCCACGACUGGGAGUUUCGCACACGACGCCGGCGCGGCCGCCAGGUCGGUGCGGAGUCCAUGUCGUCAGGAGACGGUGGCGAAGAAGAGCAACAGCCACAAGAUUAUGAGGUUGAGGACGACUGCAGGGGGAAGAGGUUGUCAGAGGCCAUGCGUGCCAAUCUCCUUGUGGAACUGUCUGGUUUGUCGCGCCAAGAGCAGCUCAUGGUGCGCACCGCAGCACAAGCCGAGACAGUAGAUGAGUAUGCGCGCGUACUGAUCAAGCAUCAUAGUGUUGUGCAUAUGCGUGAACGCCUGCUCGUUGAGAAAGACAAGCCUGCCGCUAGAACAUGGUCCAAGCCCCGGUGGGAGAAUACCUCGUUUCAGCAGAAGCCUCGGUACGGUUACAUGACACAGGGUUUCGUGGAGGAUGAUGAGUAUGAGUACCAGGAGCCAGAAAGUCAGGCCUAUGUAGCCGAGGAGCAUGAGGUCGAGGAAGACGAAGGCGAAUGGGUUGAUGACAGUGCAUUAGCCUUGGCUCUCAAUGCAUAUACAGCUAUGCAGACAGAGCUUGGAGGCGAGCCAGGCGAGGAGCACGCCGAAGCAUUGCAGCUGGCAUACGCAGCCCAAACCACACUUGCCAAUGUGAAGGGUAACAAAGGUGCAGAGAAGUCCGCCUCACCCGGGAAGCCCGGGAUGGCAUCCUCCUCGCAAGCCUACCUUGCCGCACUGAGUGACGCAUCGGACGAUGAGACCCCUGCCAUUCACCUUUCCAACACUUCAAGAGACAUGGAGGGCUAUCCCGCUGAAAGGAGCGGAGGACCCUCAGAGCGUCCUCGUGUUCGCAGAUCGGAAGCCACUGCCAUGCGUGACAGCCCACCGCCAGGAUCUGACACCUUGUUCACUUUUGGUCAUCACAAAGGCCUGACGUAUGAACGAGUGCUGCACACCUAUCCUGGGUAUGUCCUUUGGGGUCAAACACAGAAGUGUCCUUCCAAGUGUUUGGGUGAUUUCCUGAACUGGGUGCAUGAGCACUAUGUGGUAGAAGACACGGACCCCAUAGAAGUGCGUAGAAGAGACAUCUCUCUUAGUACGAUGAUGCCCCCAACUCCCGUUGCUGACCGCGCAGCCAACGCUGAAGGCACCGCCUCAUCCAGUACCGGUUUCCGGCCCAAGUGCAGGGGUGGUUGUAAGACCUUUAGCAAGACAGGGAGCAAUUCGUACAUAGACAUGCGCACAUGCAAGUCCUGUGGCACGGUAACCAAGACUCGCAAAGAACAGGUACAGGUCGACCCUACCACAUGCACGCAUGCCCAGGUAGAUCGUUCAGGUUCCAGCAAGACAACCAGCCGAAUCAAGUGCAAGCUUUGUGGCAUGAUCCUAGAUGAACUGCCCCAAGAAGAGAAGAAAGCUAGGGAUGCAGCCGCAGCACAGCUGCGAGACACGAACACCCUAGACUUCGACAUGAUGCGCUCUAUAGUGGGCAGAACAGGGGACCGAGUGCCUGUAGAAGUGGUCGUACCAGCCCUUGAACAGUUCAAGGAGGCAGUUGAGGGUCACUUCGUCACCGAACCUUCGAUAACGAGGGGAGACUUGUUUGCCUACCUUCAAGAGGCUCUGGACGAUCAUGCGGAUGAUGCGAGCCCCACGAGCGCGAGUUGGGAGAUGGCUUCAUCGGGGAGAAGGCCCGGUACAGCAAUGGUUGCCAUGCUUGCCGGACCACACGAGGGAGUCACAGACACGAACCCCAGUUUGAGCAAACUCCCCGUGGUUAACAUUCGCACAUCCCCACAUGUUUUCGCAGUCCUGGAUGAAGGGUGUAACUCAACGGUUCAUGGCGAGGAUUGGGGUCACGAGAGCAUGUCCAAGUAUGCGAGCUUUGGGUAUUCCACGAGGUUUGCGAAGGAGACUUCCAAGACCUUCAAGGGUUUGAGUGGUGAGAACACAAAUUUGACAGCAGCCAUGGCCAUCGCACCUUCACAGCGCCCCGCUCCUAAGGCGAGGCCUCAGCAGCUGAAUUCCGAGACCUUCCCCACCGAGGGAGGAGACAAUCCCAAGCACGCCGCGGACAUUUUUACCUUCGGCUACAACUUCGAGGAGGCCGUUGAUAAGAUCCGCAACGCUUGGGAGCCACAGCAUUUCGCUGAUAUGUUUAGUGAGAUGCGCUCGGCAGAGGCUACCCUUGAACUCGGAGGCGCAUUCGUCGGCAUCUUCUUUGACCUGACAUACUUGCCGAAUGCCAGGAGUUUGGAUCCUGAGCUCGCAGAUCGCAAGCGAGAUACAAGCAUAAUGAAGGCGAUAGCUGCAGACCCUGGAUUCCUGCAACAUUGCAGAGCCAUUCGUUCCAAGGUGAAGAAGUCAAUGGAGCAGGGCUACCAGGCGAUGAACAUUAGCGUUGUCUGCAAACAAAACCGGCACCGUUCCGUGGCAGGAGGCAUCCUCAUUGAGCACAUGCUACUUCGCGUUGAAGGACUUCAUGUUUCCAUGCAGCAUUGCAACAGCGAACAGUCCUGGCCGCUCAUGGGUGGAUCUUGCCGCGGGCAUUGCAGCUGGUGCACACAUCGCACAGACGAUGCGAAGGCGGCCUACGAACAGGUGUUCGCCGACUUCAUCAAGUAUCUGGAAGGCGAUGUCAAGGAGAGCACCACAUGCAUUUUGCACUGCGAGUCAGAGCCUGAAAGGGCCCCGGGCACAGCUCCGGAGGAAGUUACUGAUCUGGACGCAGACGAUGAGGUGGAAGAGGUCCCAUCAGAUCCGCUGGAAGUAGCGCCUGGAGAGGGAGAGUCAGCAUCGCAGGCAGCUACUCGAUUGGGGCUUCGUGGCAAGCAGCACACCUCCUACGUGGCGAAGUGGGACCCGAGCUCCCUGACAGGGAGGCUUCAUCAGCAAGCGGGCUCAGGUGUGUUCACUGCCACCUCAAGUCAUCUGCCAGUUCAGGCCCAGGUACAAACCCUGGAGAGGAAGUUAGCGCUGCGCGACAAGGAAGUCGAGUCACUUCGAAGCAAGCUCCGGGACGCCGAGCGGGACAAGCAGGAGGCGGAACGGAGAGCGGAGCGUGCAGAACAGCUCCUGCAAGAUGCCCUUGCCCAGUUUGGUGGUCGAUCCCGCUCCCGUCAUCGACACCAUGACCGAAGGGCAAGGAGCAGUUCGAGUGACUCCCGGAGAAAGGUCCGGAGGGAGAGAUCAAGCCACCACGAUGAUCACAGAGCGCAGUCUUCUCGCCGAGAGUCGUCUUCUUAUCGUGAUCGUGACCGUGAUCAGUGGCACCCCAGCAGCAGCUACCGCGACACCGCUCGCGAGACCUCCUCAUACGACCAGAACCAGUGGGAUGCUUGGGAUGAUGAGUGGUCCCGAGCUGGCGAUUGGGAUCAUCAGGCUCCGCCCGAGCCACCCAAGCCACCUGUGAGACGAUGGACCCCACAUUUGGAGGCGCGUGCCAACAGGGCCGCCGACGAGGAGUUCUGGCAGAGGCGCUUUGAGGAGAAUCGACCCCUGGACAGGGCCCCGCACCGCCGGGAGAGGGCGUUGGAUCCGGCAAUCCUCGCUUUGGAUCUUACGGAGAUUCCAACUUCGGACGACGCCAGCCUUUCGUGGAACAGGCGAGUCCUGGUCGACCUGCUCCCGGACCAGGUGAUGCACGAGUUCUGCGGCCUUCUGUAUGGGCGUCCGAGUCCGGCGUUGUGGAUUGGCCCUUACAUGCCCAAAUCCUUCUCCACUCAGGAUCUGGAACACACGGACAAGUCCGAGCGCCACAACUUCAAGGUGACUGCCGUGACCCCUCACACGAGGGAGGGAUACAAGCCUUGUGGGAAUGUCAAAGGCCCUACACCGAUCGGGUGGCUGUUUCUCAACGACAACCCGAAGAACAAGGGCGGCGUGUGGAUCCCACAGGGGACGGUGUGUCCACCCGGUCACAGUACCGAGGAUGUUUGCGGUGAAUUCAAGGCCGAGCAAGUGUGCCCAACCGAGCCUCCGCCAAGUGGAGGUGCGUACCUUGUGCUUUGGUUGUAUCCAAAGGCCUUUGCACCGGACACAGUUCCGAAGACCCUUGCAGACCGCGAUGAGCUGAGCGCAUAUAUGGCGUCAUUGCAGGGGGUUAAUGACUUUGGGGAGUUCAAGCAGGUAAGGUUCGAUGCUGAGGAUUCCGACGAUGAGUUUGAGCUAAUCCCUGCACAUGAUGGUCCCAGAGCAAUUACCCGUGAAAUGGUUGCGGGAGAUCGUGUGUUGCAAGCGAUUGCAUUCAAUGCAGCAGUGGCUACGGAUCACAUGAUUGCCUUCACCCCCACUGUGAUCAGCGAGACCAUUGCCAACCUCUCCCACCGAGGUAAAGUCCUGGAGCAGGUCCUUAGGCAGAGCAAGGCACCCAAGGAGUUCAUCCUAGCUGCCCGCCUUCACCGAUGUAAGGCUUGCCUAGACACUGCACCAGUUCCGCGACAUCAUCCAGUCUCAGGGGAAUCGGUGUUUCCGAAAGAGUUCAAUCACACACUUGGCAUAGAUUGCAUGGAAGUAAAGGAUGUCGAUGGUACCCGCUACACUGCAGUCAACAUGGUCGACAUGGGAACCAGCUUCCAACAAGUAGCCCUGAUAAAGUCAGGAGGUGGCAAUCCCAGCGCGCGGCAAUGUUUGCAGGUUUUCAUGGAGCGAUGGGUAUCGUGGGCAGGACAUCCACAGCAUGUAGUGGUUGAUAGGGGAACGCAUUUCAAGGGAGAGUUUGCAAGUUACAUGGGACAACAUGGGAUUCAUCUCCGAAAUGCACCCUUAGAAUCUCCGCAGACCAUAGGGAAGGUCGAAAGACAUGGUGGUUUGCUCAAGGCACUGGUAAGGAAAACAGUGCAGGAGAUUCAGCCCUCGACUUGGGAAGACAUGGUUAUGGUGGUCAGUGAAUGUGUGACUACAAAGAAUGACCUGUCCAGACAUCAAGGUUUCAGCCCAUCACAGCAUGUGCUAGGCAAACGACCUAGGACACCAGGUUCAGUCAUGGAUGAAGAUGAGAGCAUGGGAACUUUGUUGGCCCGUUUCGAUGAGACCACUCCUUUCUAUUCCCGACAUAGAGCCCGGGAAGAAGCCCGCAAAGCCUUCGUGCACUUGGACUCGUCCAGGAAGGUUGCUCGUGCAUUGCAAAGGAAUGCAGCUCCCAUGGACACGGAGUACCAGGUGGGCGAUUUAGUCAUUUACCGAAGAGACAAUUUGCCCGGUUCAACUUCCACUGUGUGGUCAACUGCAAGCCGCGUGAUAGGGCGCGAGGCAGAGAAUGCAUACUGGUUGCUGCAUGAGGGUGUGCCUGUGUUGGUCAAUGCCAGAAAGAUGAGGCCUGCGGAUGAGGUCGAAGUAGCUGCACGUCGAGUUCUGACCGGAGAACCCGUUCUGCCAGGUUCCAUUGUCCACGGUCCAGAGCAACGUUAUCUCGACGAAAGAGAUAAGGAUCCGGUAACAGCGCCUUCUACCCCCAGACCGAACACUGGCUUAGCGUCGGCUCCCUCUACUCCCAUGAGAGUCGCAGCGGCCGAGAGUCCCGCCAUCACAAGCAAGGAGAUUUCGCCCAGUGAUAAGACGGGCAGGGAAAGAACUCGUUCCCCGCCCAGACAAAGCUCCAGCGCGCUGAUGGCUGAGGCACAGGACACCGAUCCUGUAGAAGCAAAGGCAAGCGAGCUCCUGGAAGCAACGGCCUUCGGGACGAGCCACUGUCUCGAACUACUCAGGUUGUGCAAGGAACACAAACCGAAGAGGACGAAAAGAGCGAUGUUCCAAGACGCAACAGAUGAUGAGCUUGCCGCUAGCUUCGGUGUUUAUAGGCACGGUGGUUUUGUUGGGAUUUCUAAUCCUACUAAGCAGCGCCCGUGUUUUGUGACCUACUUGAACCGCUUCCUGAGGCACCACUGUGAGAAGGCAGGCUACGCCGAGUUCACUUGGAAUGGGAUCCAAGUAAGCGAAUCGCGGGCAAGUUUGCACAAAGACAACUCCAAUUUGAAGGGGUCGCUCAAUUUCACCAUGAGUUUGGGAAAUUAUUCGAAAGGAGGUCACCUGUGGAUAGAAAACCCUGAGGGGAACACAGUGAUUGACGUUUGUGGCAACCUUGUUCCCGGGACUCUACAUACCACUCGAGGCAAAGUCCUUCGUUUUGACCCAAAGAAACUCCAUAUGGUGGAACCCCAUGAAGGGCAGAGAUUCAGCAUCAUCGGGUUCACGAUGAAUCACUUGGGAAAGUUGCGCGCAGAUGAACACCAGAUGAUGGAAGACUUGGAAUUCCCACAACCGCGUAUUCCAUCACCCCAGGUAGAGCAGCCCCGUCAGGAGGAGCCUGAGCGAGCAGACGACAUGCGCUCCUCAGACGACGAGGAAGUUGGAACAGGUUUCCUAGCCUCACUUUUGGACUACCACAACAGCCCGGCCGAGGUACAGUUGGGGUUGGACGAGGCCAUGCUCGCGGAGUGGGCCAAGUAUCAGGAAUUUCACGCUGUGAUACCUUGCUCAAAGAAGCAAGUGCAGGAGUUGCUUAGCCAAGGACACAUCUGCGUGCCCACCAAGUGGGUUCUCACCGACAAACAUGAACAUUUGAAAGGCACCCCCGGCUAUCGUCCCAAAUACAAAGCUAGGCUAGUCGCAUGCGGGAAUUUCGAGCACAUCUCCACAGGGGAGGACAUUCGUGCAGAUUCCCCGACAGCCGAGCCUGAAGCACUGGCUUUCAUUUGUUCCUGGGCAUCCUCACUCGGUUUGCGAAUCAAGGCAGCCGACAUCACGAACGCCUACUUUCAGGGUAAGCCGCUCGAGAGAUUGCUGAUCCUCAAGGCUCCUAGCAACCCCAAGGGCGUUCCGGACAAGGAGAUCCAGGAAUCCGGCUACAUGAUUGCCCGUGUCCCAGUGUAUGGUACGACCGACGCCGGCCGAAACUUCUACCUUCGCAUAGUCGAAGAGACAAAGUGCAUCGGACUGAAGUCAUCCCAGAUCAUGUCCGCGUUGUACUACGCGCGCGACACAAGCGGCCGGCUGUGCGCUAUGCUGUGCACUCACGUGGACGACUUCUUCUGGGCAGCGUUCGGUGAGGGCGAGCUGAAGAUCCAGCAGUUGCUGGACCACUUCAAAAUCGGGAGGAUCGAAGAGGGUAGCUUCAGGUUCUGUGGCAGAGAAUACGCUCAGCACCCCGAUGGCACCAUCGAGAUCAACUCAAGGGACAACACGCGUGCCAUCGCUCCCCUCGAGAUCCCCAAGGGUGCAAAGUUGACGACACCUGUCACACAAGGACAGAGGACGGCGCUUCGGUCCGUCAUAGGUUCACUCGCGUGGGUGGCCCGGGCUACAAGGCCCGACCUCGCGUACCGCGUCAACGCGUUGCAGCAGCGAGUGACCGUCGCGACCAUCGACACGAUGAGAGAGGCCAACCGUGUGGUCGCACUCGCCCUGGGCGACGCAGAGCGCAGCAUCGUGUAUCGCGCCAAGAUACUGCCGUGGAGCAGUGGCCCCCUCGCAGUAGUCACGUUUUGUGACGCCUCUUUUGCUGCUGAAGCUGGGUACAAGUCCCAGAGGGGGAGGUUGCACUACCUCACUGACGCGGAAACAGCACGCGACGUGAACGCACCCAAGCACAAGCUUCACCUGGUUGCAUUCGGUAGCUCUACGAUGAAACGAGUCUGCCGCGCGACACUACAGUGUGAAGCGUACAGCCUGCAGCAUGCCACCGAGCACGGAGACAGGAUCCGUGCGACACUCCUAGAGUUGCAAGGCAAACUGCCGUCACUGCAUGACUGGAGCGAAGUAGCGCCGAGAAAGAUGCUACACCUGCAGUACUCCGACUGCAGAUCGCUCACAGAUCAUUUGCUGUCGUCGGUACCCAGACCAGUGGAAGACAAGCGUCUUGCUAUCGAAAUGACAGCAUUGCGCCAAGCACUGUGGGUAGACGAGACACCGACGAGCGAAGCCUUCGCACCAUUCGGUGACAUCCUGCGAUGGAUUCCAACCCACCUUCAGUUGGCUGAUUGCUUGACCAAGAGCAUGAAGCCCAAGCUUCUGAACGACGCCUUGGAGAGCAACGAGGCCGUUGUGAAAGAAGAAGCUACAGCUGAGUGA